AUGAAUUUAAAACUAUUGAUAUUUCUGUUCUGUUCCAAUUUUUUGUUGCUAUACUCAAUAACAGACGCAUGUGGUAUCAAUGAAUGGAGAUGUGAAACAGGCGGUCGUUGUAUUCCGACAACAUGGCGUUGUAAUCGAAUUAACGAUUGCACUGAUGGAUCCGAUGAACGCAAUUGCACUUAUCCAAGAUGUUCGGAGUCGCAAUUCGAUUGUGGAGAUCGGUGUAUACCGCGUACGUGGAGAUGUGAUGGUGAUAAUGACUGUGGAAACAAUGCUGAUGAACAAAAUUGUCCUCCAAGAAGAUGUUCAAAUACACAGUUCCAAUGCAAUGAUACAAGGUGUAUUGAUGCUUCGAUGAAAUGCAAUCAUGUCAAAGAUUGCAGUGAUGGCAGUGAUGAAGGAACAUUUUGCAAUUAUCGUUCAUGUAAUUCUUCAAGUGAAUUUCAAUGUGAUAUACAACGCUGUUUACCAUUAACACAAAAAUGUGAUGGUUAUUACAACUGUGAUGAUCGUACUGAUGAGCUUAAUUGUAAUGGUACAGCUUGUACGACGAAUCAAUUUCGAUGUGUGGCGAAUGGUCGAUGUAUACCAAGUUAUCAGCGUUGUGACUUUCGUUUACAAUGUACAGAUGGAUCCGACGAAGCUAAUUGCACACGACCAAAUUGUACACAAUCUCAAUUUCAAUGUUCAAAUGGAAGAUGUAUUCCAUCGUCAUGGGUUUGUGACAAGGAUAAUGAUUGUCUCGAUCAAAGUGAUGAAAUGCAUUGUGGAGCAAGACUAUGCCCUCCACAUAUGUAUCCAUGUAAUGUCACAGGACAAUGCAUUGAUAUAACAAAAGUAUGUAAUGGUCAACAAGAUUGUGCAGAUGGUACAGAUGAAAGUCCUCAAUGUGGUUCUCGACUGUGUAAUUUGUAUUCGUGUGAGCACGGUUGUCGACCUACUCCUGAUGGUCGAGGUGUAUGCUAUUGUCCAUUGGGAUUUCAAAUAGAUCCAGCAAACAAUCGUUCUUGUAUCGAUGUCAAUGAAUGUGAAAUCUGGGAUGAAUGUGAUCACAAUUGUCAAAAUACAAUUGGAUCAUAUGUCUGCACAUGUCGAGCGAACUAUACACUUGAGACAGGCAAUCGAUGCAAACAUAUCAAUAGUGAUAAUAUGAAAAUGUUUGUCGCAAUCGCGAAUAAAAUAUACGAAAUCGAUCGACUUGGCAAUUCUCGAAUUCUGUAUGUUGGGCGAGAAAACAUGACAAUCAAUGCUGUUGACUAUCACUACCGAAAUGGAAUUUUGUACUUUACCGAUUCUCGCGCACAUCAAAUUUACUCUUUAUUACUAUCAUCACCAUACUCCAGUGCAACACUCAUUCUUGAAAAGAACAUACUUUCACCCGUGUCCAUUGCUGUUGAUUGGAUAACGAAUAAAUUAUAUAUUGUCGAACAUGAAUUAGCACGCAUCGACAUGUUUUCAUUAGAUGGAAAACAGAUGAAAACGAAUAUUAUUACAAGUAAUAUUCAUCAACCGCGAGCCAUCGCUAUUGACCCGAUAGCAGAAUAUCUGUUCUUUGUGGACGAAGGCGAUUGGCAUCGAAUACCUGCAAAGAUCUUUCGAUGUCUUCUCGAUGGUUCUCAAUGUAUGGUGCUAGUUGAUCAGAAAUUGGAUCAACCAAGUGAUAUCGCAGUCGAUCAUAUUAAGCAACGAAUUUACUGGGUUGAUCGAUCAUAUGAUCAUGUGGAAAGUUGUGAUUAUCAUGGAUCAAGACGGAUUACAUUGACAUCCGGUAGUCAAAAUAUUCCUUAUACAGUUGGCCUUGAUCUUUUCGAAAAUAAUCUCUAUUUAACUGACGAUAUGAAAGGUGCUGUAUUACAACUUCGACGACAUUUUAAUUCGAAUACAAGUAUUUUUUACAAACCUCAAUCAUUUGUUCGACCAAGAGGCAUCAGUAUUUACCAUGAAACACGACAACCACAGCGAACGAAUCCAUGCAAUGGGACAUAUAAUGGUGGUUGUGAACAUUUAUGUCUACUAGGUCGAGCAAAUCUUCUCGCGAAUAGUUAUCAAUGUCGGUGUCAAUCGGGUUAUCGACUUAAAUCAGAUUUACGAACGUGUGAACCGGUGAAAGAUUUUCUACUUCUUACACGUUUGUUUUCCAUUCGUGCGAUUGAUUUCAGUCGUGAUUCAAAAAUUGAAGCUCGACCACCGAUAGUACCCGAUCGGCGAACAAUCAUUAUGGAUUCUGUUUUUGAUUAUCGACAAAAACUCGUCUAUUUCUAUUCAGAACGAAGUCAAAUGAUCUAUAUUUCGUAUAUGGAUGGUGAAAAACCAAAACCAGUAACAACAUCGAAGAUAUUUCCCGUCGUCAGUGCCAUGGCAUAUGAUUGGUUUUCCAAGUUACUCUAUUUGACAUCAUCGACUGAGAGUCAAUUAUUUGUUGUCAGAAUGAAUACAACCGAUUUUCCCCAACGUGUACUAGUCAAUAGUACCAUCGGUAUACAUGGCAUUGCCGUAGAACCCACUCAAGGAUAUGUAUUUUACUCAACAAUUAUUCGUCCAGCUAAAAUUUAUCGAAUGUCAUCGGAUGGAUCAAAUCGUAUGAUCAUUGUGCCAAACGAAUUAGGUACUCCCUAUCACUUAACAUGCGAUUACGGCAGCCAACGACUCUACUGGACUGAUGGUGCACUAUCACGUAUUCAAUAUUCAGAUUAUAAUGGACGAAAUAUUCAAUCGUUGAGAGGACGAUCAAUUUCUCAUCCAUUUGGAAUUGCAAUAUACGGAUCUCGAUUGUACUUUACUGAUGUGACAUUGGAAAGUGUAUUUGAAAGCAGUAAAACUUACAGUGGUUAUGCUUCACCAAUUCGAUCGGAUAUUCCGGCGAUUUCAACCGUUCGAGUCUACGCAGAAUCAUCCCAACCAAUCAAUAUUACACAUCCAUGUUGGACCAAUAACGGCGAAUGCUCAGAUUUCUGUUUCCCUAAGCGAGAACAGAACGUUCUGACGCGAGUCUGUGGCUGUCGUUACGGUCAAAAAUUGAAUACAAAUAAUAAUGUUCAAUGUGUGGAUAAUUCUGCAGUUGAACCAAACCGAACAUCAUGCAAUGGGCAAUUUCAAUGUCGAAACAGUCGAUGUAUUCCAUUAAACUACAGAUGCGAUGGGGAUGAUGAUUGUCAUGAUAAUAGCGAUGAACAAAAUUGUCCAGCUGGAACACCACGAUGUCCAACUACACAAUUUCAAUGUCGUAGUACGGGUGUUUGUAUUAAUAAACAGCUUGUUUGUGAUGGUUACGCUCAUUGUCUCGAUCGUUCGGAUGAAUCGAAUUGCAGUCAAACUUGUAAUGAUAAUCAAUUUCGGUGUGCAUCAGGAAGAUGUAUUUCAAAAUCAUGGGUCUGUGAUAAUGAAAAUGAUUGUGGAGAUUCAAGUGAUGAACAGAAUUGCCAUGAACGAACUUGUGAUCCACUAACACAGUUCACUUGUCCUCAUACACCUGGCAGAUGUAUUCCAACCGCUUGGAAAUGUGAUGGGCAAAAUGAUUGUGGAGAUAAUUCAGAUGAACUUAAUUGUCCACCCAUUGCUUGCGGUACCGGACAAUUUUUAUGUGCGCGUGAUCGACGUUGUAUCAAUGCAACACGUCGGUGCGACGGUAUUGCGGACUGUCCAUCAAUGGAAGACGAACAAGGCUGUUCAGGUUCUACACCAUCGUUCUGCCGAGCUGAUCAGUUUCGUUGUGGAACAACUUGUAUACCCAACGCAUGGCGUUGCGAUGGCCAUCGAGAUUGUGCUGAUGGGUCUGAUGAACCAUCGACUUGUGGUGCACGAAAUUGUACAUCGGGCGAAUUUCGUUGUUUGACGUCGGGCGAAUGCAUUCCGGAGACAUGGGUGUGCGAUCAUGAUGACGAUUGUGAAGAUGGGUCCGAUGAAAGUUUAGAUCAAUGCCAAACUGCCCCGUUUUCCUGUCAAGAUAAUCAAAUACCAUGUCCAAGUACAACCAUCCAUCAAUGUGUAAAUGUUUCACAAGUUUGUGACGGUAAACCGGAUUGCCCUGGUGGUGGCGAUGAGUCGCCAUUAUGUAACAAUGAUCAAUGCUCGGUCAAUAAUGGUGAAUGUAGUCAUAUAUGCCAUCCAUCUCCAUUUGGUGUUCUAUGUCUUUGUGAACCUGGUUUUCAUGUAACCAAUGCGACAAAUUAUAAAAAAUGCGAAGAUAUUGACGAAUGUGUUGAAGAUCCAUUUUUAUGUCAUCAGCACUGCUUGAAUACCAAUGGAAGUUUCAUUUGCGGAUGUGAAGAAGGAUUCAUUUUACAAUCAGAUGGACGAACUUGUAAAAUCAUAAAUGAAACUGGUAUUCGUUUAUUGGUUUCAUAUAGUUCUUCAAUUGGCUGGUACUCGCCAACAUUGAAAACCUAUGGCCAAGUUCCUCUUGGUCCUAAUAUGCGUUACAUAUCUGCAUUUGAUGUUGACAAUCGAACGAAUACAUAUUUCUGGGCUGACAUAGCAACAAAUACUAUCUAUCGUCGUUCGCCAAGAGCAACGAAUUACACCAAAAUUAUUACAAGCGGUAAUAGUUACAUUGCUGGCUUGGCAUAUGAUUGGAUUGGAAAUAAUUUAUACUGGACUGAUUAUAUGCUCGAACAUAUUGAGGUUUCAUCAGCAGAUGGUCGUCAUCGACGGAUAUUAUUGCAUGAAAAUCUCACAAAUCCAUGGGCAAUCGCAGUCGAUCCUCGACCAGGCGUUCGAUUUCUGUUUUUUACUGAUUGGGCUAAAAAUCCUCGCAUUGAACGUUGUAGCAUGGAUGGUCAAGAACGUAUUACACUUGUCAACGAUUCAAUUCAUAUGCCAUUUGGUUUAACGCUAGAUUUAAUACGUGAAAAAGUUUACUUUAGCGAUCGUCAUUUGAAUUACAUCGAAGUUAUUAGUUACACAGGAGCAGAUCGACGGAAAAUCCUUGCGAAUACCCAUUUUCUUCAUGCGCCAACGUCAAUUGCUAUUUUCGAAAAUUAUCUCUAUUGGUUUGAUUCGAACUCAAAUGAAGUACGUCGUUUAAACCGAUUUGAACAUGGUGUCAAAGCACAACGACAUGAGAGAAUUCUAUCUCGCACAGGAAUUACUCAUUUGAAGAUUUCGCAUCAAAUUUAUCAACCAUCAGGUCCAAAUCCAUGUCAACAAUCUCGCUGUACACAACUUUGUCUUCUUUCUCAUACUUCAUCAUCGGGUUAUACUUGUGCUUGUUCAACUGGCUUCUAUCUGGACCGAGAUCAGUUUACAUGUUCGAAAGAUUAUUCGCCUUUCAUCAUUUAUAUGAGAAGUCGAACAAUCGGAGGAAUAAACGUACGACAUGAUCAACGAUACAUUGAUGAAAAUUCGAAUUACGAUGAUUUAUGGGAACGAUUAGUUACCGUUACAGAUAUCGGCCGAGGUUAUGAAUUUGCCUUUGAUGAAGCUAACGAAACGAUAUAUUGGUCACAAAUGAAAGGUAUUCUGCCCGAUGGAUCUACCAGGUAUGAAAUUCGUCGAAUUAAUUUCGAUGGUACGAAUGAAACAGUUUUCUAUGGUGAUGAUGAAAUCUUAGUCGGAAUGGAAAGUGGUACAAUGCAAGUCGAUGCUGUCGGACGUAAUCUAUUCAUUGUCAACAUUCAUCAUAGUCGUAUCGAUGCCAUUUCAUUGAAUGGACAAUAUCACACAAUUGUAUAUAGCAAUCCGGAGAAUGAGACUGGUAUCAUGCGACCGAUUGCUUUGGAUCUCGAUACGAGUUCAUGUAGAUUUGUGUAUUGGAUUGAUCUUGGCGGUGGACAAGUGCCGAUGAAAAUAGCUCGUGUUCGUUUCGAUGGCAAAUAUCCAGAGAAUGUUAUAACAGAAAAUCUCCUGCGUCCGAACUAUAUAGUGUACAAUCUCGAUCUUCAUUGCAUUUUCUGGAGUGAUACUGGUAUUCAAAAAAUUUCAUAUCAUUGUAUGGAUUCGGGUGAUACAAAAGUUCUCGACGUUGAUGUUAGCCAUCCUCGUGGUUUUGAUUUUCUUACUCAUUUCCUAUCUCCAGCAUCGGGAUCGUCAGUUCAAACAAAUGAAAAUGAUGACAUUUCAUCCACACAUUAUUCCUUAUUCUUUGUCGAUGCUGAUCUAGAAGGAGUUUAUAAGAAAUGGUUUGAUCAUAACUUAAACCCAAUAACCGAUAUCAUCCCGGUACGAGUUAAUCAGCAAGAUCCAAUGCAAGUUCGAGCUUAUCCGCGCUACGAAGCUCUAAAUGCAUACUGUUAUUACAGUUCUUAUUGUGAACAGUUCUGCUUUCAAAUUGAUUCACUUAACCAUAAUACACCGACAUGUGAUUGUGCCAUCGGAUACAAAUUAAACAGCGAUGGACGAACAUGUUCACCUAAAAGUCAGCAAUUCAUCAUCUAUAGUACACAUUCCUUGUUGCGAGCAUUCGAUUAUCGUUCGAAUGAUUCGGCAAGAGAAGAUGUUAUGCCACUAAUAGCCGGAAACAACAUGGAAAUGUUAUCGGUUCGAUAUUCUACGCGUGAAAUUUAUUGGAUACAUGCGAAUCGUCUGAUACGUCGGGCAGUUUGGACAGAUAGUCGAACAUGGAAUGUCACAACUCACUUACAAAUAAGCGUUGCUGCUGAGCAAAACUUUAUUCUUGGUCUGACGCUUGAUUGGAUAUCUGGAAAUUUGUAUUUUUCAUACAUAUCGAACCAAUAUGGUCAUUUAGAAGUUAAUCGUCUCGGAACAGAUCAUCGUUUGAUAUUGCGCAAAGGCACUAAUGAAACAAUCUAUUCUCUAGCUGUUAAUCCGAAACGAAGAUUUCUCUAUUGGUGUGAUCGUGGUCCACGUGCUCACAUUACUCGUUCAUUGCUCAAUGGUGAAAAUGUUACCUAUCUUGUUACAACACAAAUCAUUCGACCCGAAUCAAUAACAGUUGAUUAUUCGACUGAUGAUGUCUAUUGGGCGGAUUCUAUACGUGAUACGAUCGAAGUUAUUUCAUGGGAUGGACGAAAUCGGCGAACAGUUUCACGUAAUAUUCCCAAAGCGAUUGCUUUACUUGUUGCUAACAGUGAUCUUUAUGUUAUGGAUCGAGCAUUUUCAUCGAUUAUGCGUAUUAACAAGACAGCUAGUAAUGUGACACAACGAUUAGAAUCGAUUUUACCGUUGAAAACUUAUGAAGUUGGUGGAAUGGCAUUGUUCGAUGAACAGCCUAUCUAUGAGUCACCUUGCCAAUCCUCAACGGUUCGACAAAGAUUCUGUGAAGAUCUCUGCUUUGCUAUGCCUGAAACAAGUGUACCACAAUGUGCAUGUGCAUUCGGAACAUUGAGUGCUGAUCGGCGAACUUGCACACCACCAAAUGAAUAUCUACUUGUGGCGAUGGAAAAAGAAAUUCGUCCGAUGUCUAUGCAACCACAUGGUUUAGCAACGAGUGCACCGUGGAGAGCAAUUACUAAUCUUAGUAUGGUAGUUGGAAUCGAUUUUGAUUAUCGAGAUAAGAAGAUAUUCUACACGGACAUUCAAAUUCAAGAUAUAUUUUCAUUUGAUAUGGAUGAUCCGAAUCCAGUUGCUCGAAAAUUAGUACAAUCAAAUGUGACAGGUCGUUCACAACCUGUCGGUAUUGCAUACGAUUGGGUGUCUGAUCGUUUGUAUUGGACUGAUGAAACUUAUGGACGAAUCAUAUCGGCAAGACAUAACGGUUCAGAAAAAGUUAUUAUCGCAGCUAGUCUACGUCCUAGAGCAAUUGUUGUGCAUCCGUGCAAAGGAUUACUGUUCUGGUCAGAUAUUGGAUCAUAUCCGUCGAUUCGUCGUUCGACGUUAACUGGACGACAAGUGACAUAUGUGAUAACGACCAAUAUUCGUUGGCCAAAUGGACUAACAGUUGAUUUCGAUGACGAUCGAAUCUAUUGGGCAGACGCCUGGUUUGAUCGUAUCGAACGUGCCUCAUUCGACGGUACAAAUCGUGAAGUCAUUGCCACAGUUGUUCAUCCAUUUGCAAUAACUGUUCAUGGACAUCAUAUCUAUUGGACUGAUUGGAAUCUUCGUGGUAUUUACCGUGCAGAGAAAUAUACCGGUGCUAAUAUGGUUGAAAUGCAGAGCAACCUUCCCUACCGUCCAAUGGAUAUCCAUGUCGUAUCGGAUCAACGUCAAAAGUGUUCAUCUUCUCCAUGUAAUAUCAGUAAUGGUGGUUGCAGUCAUAUAUGCAAAACAGGAUUGGAUAAUCAAGUGGAGUGUACUUGUCCAAGUGGUCAACAAUUGAAGUUAGCAAAUGACCGACGAAUGUGUGUUCCGAUAUCAUCAUCAUGUGCAUCCGUUAAUUUCACCUGUCGCAAUGGUCAAUGUAUUUCCAGACGAAAAGUGUGCGAUGGUCAAGGAGAUUGUUCAGAUAAUUCAGACGAAGAGACAAGAUUUUGCUCGGUCUAUACUUGUCGACCAACUGAAUAUCGAUGCUUGAGUGGUGGUUGUAUUCCAUUUGUUGAGAGAUGCGAUCGAAAAAUCGAUUGUAAUGAUGGUAGUGAUGAAAAUAAUCCUUAUCAGCCUUGUGUCUAUCCACAAUGUCCUGACGGACAAUUUACUUGUGCUAAUUUUCGAUGUAUUGAUUCUUUCAAACGUUGCAAUGGAUACGAUGAUUGUAAUGAUGGAAACUCAACUGAUGAAGUCGGUUGUCCGUCCCGUGUUUGUAACGGUACAAAUAGUAUGAAAUGUCCUAACAAUAACAUAUGUAUCCAACGAAGUUAUCUAUGUGAUGGCGAUAAUGACUGCGGUGAUAAUAGUGAUGAAAGUCCAAUAUUUUGUCAAAGUAUUCAGUGCAAUACAACGGAAUUUCGAUGUGGAAACGGUCGUUGUAUACCAUAUUCCUGGGUAUGUGAUGGACGACGGGAUUGUGCUGAUGGUAUUGAUGAACCAGCUGAUUGUCGUUCCACGAAUCGUACAUGUCCAGCAGAACUUUGGAAAUGUGAUAAUGGCCGAUGUAUAAGUCCAGAUCAACGAUGUAAUGGUAUUGACGAUUGCCGAGAUGGAAGUGAUGAAGAUGAAAGACACAAUUGUGCUGAAAUGCCUUGUCGUUCCACACAAUUUCGUUGCCCGACAGGUCUGAAGACUAAUUCGCGUUUGAGAUGUCUCGAUCAAUCAGCUGUUUGUAAUGGUAUUGCUAAUUGCAUGCGUGGAGAAGAUGAAGCCAAUUGUACUCGACGUAAUUGUUCUUCUUUCCAAUUUCAAUGCGCCAACGGUCUUUGUGUUCCACAGUCAUAUGUUUGUGAUCACGAUAACGAUUGCGGUGAUGGAUCUGAUGAACCGACAUCGUGUGCUUCGCAGUAUCGAAAUUGUACUAGCGCAGAAUAUCGGUGUGAAAAUGGACGGUGUAUACCAAAGUCUGCUACGUGUAAUGGCUUUAAUGAUUGCCAUGAUAAUUCUGAUGAGAAACCUUCCUUAUGUCAAACAGAACAAUGUCCUGCCGGACAAUUCCAAUGUCGAAAUAAACAAUGCAUUCCCUAUGAAGUUGUUUGCAAUGGUGUAAGGAAUUGUACUGAUGGAAGUGAUGAACCUGCUAGUUGUGGUGUGAAUGAAUGUGCGUCGACGGUUCUCAGCGGUUGUGAACAUAGUUGUGUGAAUACAUUAACUUCUUUUCGAUGUACCUGUCGACCAGGUUAUAAAUUGGCAACCAAUCAGAGAAAUUGUUGGGAUAUUAACGAAUGUAUUGAAACACCAAGUGUUUGUCAGCAAUUAUGUGAAAAUACUCAGGGUUCUUACAUUUGUAAAUGUGCAUCUGGCUAUGAAAAGGGUCUUGAUGGGCGCAGUUGUUAUCGAACAAACCGAACUAUUAUUCCACAUGUAUUAUACAUAAACAAAUACUACAUUCGUGCUAUUGACCUCGAUGAACAAACCGAAAUAACAGUUGCUCGUGGUUUUAUGGAGCUAUCUGCUAUAACAUAUGAUUGGAAAGAUCGAAAAAUCUAUGUUGGGGACAAUGUUGCCAAUAAAGUCUAUCGCAUGAACUUCAAUGCAUCGCAGUCGACAGCGAUUAUCGAAGGUAGUCGAGUACGAGGACUCCGCGCAAUAACUUUGGAUUGGAUUGGAAGAAAAUUGUAUUUAUUAUCCAGCAUACCUGAACUCCGCGUCUGUGAAUUAGAUGGUCGAAAUGAAGUGACACUAUUAGAUUCAAGAUUCUUAUCCCAACCGAAUUAUUUAGCAAUUGAUCCGUUAGUCGGCUACUUGUUUUAUUCCGAUUGGGGUCAACCACAUAUUGGAAGAAUCAAUUUAGAUGGUAGUAAUUUUGUUAAGGUUAUUGGAACAGAUACGGCAGGACCUUUGGGUUUAACUAUUGAUAUUAUUACGAAACGAAUCUUCUGGAUCGAUAGACGUUUGCAACGAUUAGAAUUCAGUAAUUACAAUGGUGGUGAGCGUAAAAUUGCAUUUUCGGGUCAUGAUUAUGUGCCAUACUCGCUUGGUCUGGGAUUCAUUGAUGGUUAUGUAAUUUGGUCAGAUUUCACUAACCACUCUUUAAUUCGUGCUGACGCGUUGAAUGGUUCAAAUAAACAUGUGCUGAUACCAGACACGAUCAACGAAGUCUUGUCUCUUGCUAUUAUCCAUCCAUCGUUACAACCACAGAUUCCAAAUCCAUGUGGAACAAAUAAUGGCGGUUGUUCACAUUUAUGUCUAUUGUCAACGAAUCAAUCGUAUACGUGUGUCUGUCCUGAAUACUUUUCAUUUGUCAGCAAUGGAAACAAUCGAACAUGCGCCGCGAAUUGUAGCUGUAAUCAACACCGAUGCGGACCGCCCAAUGAACGAUGUAUCCCUUGGUCAGCGAAAUGUAAUGGAGUGAAUGACUGCGAAGAUGGAUCAGAUGAGCCCACUACUUGCCCGCAAAGACGAUGUACAACAAAUCAAUUUCAAUGUCGAAAUCAAAAUUGUACACCGAUUUCAUAUGUUUGUGAUGGUAUGGAUGAUUGUGGUGAUAAUUCAGAUGAAGAAAAUUGUGAAUGCCGCUGUAUGCCAGGAACAUUUCGAUGUAACUCGGGCCCAUGUUUACCGGCGAGAUUCCGUUGUGAUGGUACUCGACAUUGUUCUGAUGGUAGUGAUGAGUUAAACUGUGGCAAUCGUACAUGCUCUCAUCAUCAAUUUACAUGUACUAAUGGUCGAUGUAUCCCUGCAUCAUAUGAAUGUGAUUUAGACAAUGAUUGCGGAGACAAUAGUGAUGAAAACGCUUAUUUCUGUCGUAACCGCCCGUGUCGUCCUGAUCAAGUUCGAUGUCCUAACUCAUAUAAAUGCAUUCCGAAUGCAGCACGGUGUAAUGGACGAAACGAGUGCGGAGAUAAUAGUGAUGAAAAUCCUAAUCAAUGUCCGGCAUGCAAUGAUGCCAGCCAUUUUCGAUGUCGUGAUGGAGGAUGUAUUCCGAGAAGUUUGCGUUGUAAUCAUCGAAACGAUUGUCGCGAUGGAUCUGAUGAAAAUCCAGACACAUGCAUUUAUCGAGAUUGUAGUGAAGAUGAAUUUCGUUGUUCCAAUGGUCGAUGUAUUCCACAACGAUGGGUUUGUGAUCAUGAUUAUGACUGUGGAGCUGGUGAUACAUCCGAUGAAACAGCUGAUUGCGCUGCUCGACCAUGUCCGAAUGGAAGAUUUAAAUGUGCAUCAGGUCACUGUGUUAGUAAUACGAGUCGUUGUGAUGGAAUUCCACAAUGUGCAGAUGUUUCGGACGAAAUCGGUUGUCCACCACGUGGUCCGAAUGGAACCUAUUGUGCAGCAGACCGUUUCACUUGUAACAACACACUUUGUAUCAAUAAAAAUUGGAUGUGCGAUGGCGACAAUGAUUGCCAUGAUAAUAGCGAUGAAACACUGGAAAUCUGCCGAACAGUCCCGUGUAACUCAACAUAUCAUUUCCGUUGUACAAACGGUCGCUGUAUCUAUCGUUGGCGCAUGUGCGAUCAUGUCGAUAAUUGUGGCGAUAACAGUGAUGAAGAUAUUCAUGGUGUUUGCCGCACAAGAAAUCAACCGAUAACAUGCCCACAAUAUAAAUGUGAACACACCAACCGAUGUAUCCGAUUUUCCGAUCUGUGCGAUGAAUAUGACGACUGUGGGGAUGAAUCCGACGAAUUAACAUGUCAUCAUAAUACAACAAUAACAUGUGCAAAUCAAACCAACCAUUGUGAACAUCAAUGUCAUAAUUUACCAAAUAACCGAGGCAUUGUUUGCGCAUGUCAUCCAGGUUAUAAGUAUAGUAAAGAAACAUCGAAAUGUGAAGAUAUUGAUGAAUGUCAAAACACAACGUUGAAUCAUUGCUCGCAGAUAUGUAUUAAUACGAAAGGAAGUUUUCGCUGUGAAUGUGCAGCAGGUUUUGAGCCAAGUGCGGUGAACCGAUCAGACUGUCACGCGGGAGAUCAAACGAUGGAUCUCCUGAUAUCUGAACCUGACGAUAUUCGUCGUCUUCGUCAAAACUCUCCUGGAAAUGCCGCACAUUAUGGUGUGCUUGUCGAAGAUCAAUACAGUGCUGGUUUUAUUUCCAUCGAUACAACGAACCGUUUAUUCUAUUGGAUUGACGAAGCAACGCAUGAAGUCAAUCGGGCACAUCUUACUCCGAGUGCAAUUUCAACAGCACAGCCACAACAACUAUUAUUUGAAGAUACUGAUCAUGUAAUCGUUCCAACAAGUGUCUCUAUUGACUGGAUUGGUCAAAAUCUGUACGUCACUGAUGCUACUCAUGGUUGUAUUUGGGUGAUGAAAAAUGAUGGACGUUAUGCAACAAAAUUAAUCACAGGUAUCGAGUCUCCAUGGGUUAUCGCUGUAAAUCCAGUGCUUGGAAUAUUCUAUUUUAUUAACUAUGAACAUCAUGAUUUUAAUGACACCAGUGACCGUGUUGUUGCAAUCGAAUCAGCUUAUAUGAAUGGAGAAAAUCGUACUAUAUUAGUCGAUACAGAUAUUAUUUAUCCGACCGAUUUAGUGAUUGAUUUUUAUCAAAACUAUCGUGUUUACUGGACAGAUGAAAAGAAAGAAUCGAUUGAAUCAAUGAAUUUUGAUGGAACCGAUCGAGUUACGAUAGCACAUAUUGGUGUACAUGCACCGCAUUCUUUGGAUAUAUUUGGAAGUCAUGUCUAUUGGAUUAAUCGAGAAAAUCGAUCUCUAUAUUCAAUUGAGAAAUUUGGCCGGGGUGUAUCAACGAUGGUUCUUGACAAUUUAGAAUCACCUUUGUUCGUCAGAAUUUAUCAUCCGCUGAAACAAAUUCAAUCAGUAUCAAAUCCAUGUUCAACGGCCAAUUGCUCACACUUAUGCGUUCUAAAACCAUUGAAUCAAUAUCAAUGUUUAUGUCCACUUGAUACAGAAAUGCUAGCAGAUAGUCAAACAUGCAACGCACCAAUUGUUCCCGAACGAGAAAGUGUUCUGCAAUGCUCCUGUGUGCAUGGUCGAUGUAUUUACCAAUCGGACGAUCAAAACAAUUAUCGAGUAACUGGAUGCGACUGUUCACCGGGAUAUGCUGGUGCGAGAUGUGAUAGAAAAACUAUCAUUGAGAUCGUUGGUAAACAUUGGCGUAAGAUUCUUCUUUCUGGAAUCAUCAUUGUUGCAUUAAUCGGUAUGACUAUAUUUGGACUUGUUCUAUUCCAACGCAGAGGAUUAGUCCCAUCAAUGCCUACUCUUCCAUUGCCGACAGCUGUUCGAUCAACACUGAAUAAUAUUCGAAAUUUUGUUACACGCUCAACAGAUACGAUUAAUACCGUACGAUUUCGCAAUUCUCGUCCAACGACAGCCAGCAGUGCAUCAACUUUAGCUUCAUCACCUGUAUUCGCUAAUCCAAUGUUCGGUGCCACAACGUCUAGUCAAUCAACGAACGAACCAGCGAAAUUGAAUGUUGAGGUUUUUCCACCUCCCUCGAAACCAAAUCGAAAAGGUACUCCAGUGUCUCCGCCACCCAAACAACAGCAACAAUUUAAUCCUCAAAGCAAAGAAACCGAUCAUGAUAAAGCCAAUCUAGUUGAACGAAGUGUUAAUGAUGCAUAG